AUGACUUCUCACGGAAGCCGACCCUCUGAGCGUGGCUAUCAUCAGGAUUACAUAGCUCGCAUACGAUAUGAAAACACCCUGCCUCCACCGCCAGGCGCCCCAAAGCUUCUGAAUAUACCCAUAGAGGGUCUCAAUUACUACACCUCUGCAGCAUUCGCAAGUCGUAUGGCCCGGCAGCAGCCUCUGAACAUUGAGGCAGAUGCUGAGCUUGGUAUGCCGAUCGAUCUUGUUGGAAUGCCAGGAAUAUUCGAUGGAGAUGAAAGCUCUAUACAAGCUCCUCUAGCUAUCCCGGCUAUAUCUCAAAAAGACAAGAGUCUUCUUCGUCCGCUCUCGGAACUCGGCAAACCCAAGUUUGCGACGGGAGCUCAUAGUUUCCUACGACGGACAGAAUAUAUAUCAUCUGAAGCGAAAGCGCGCGCAGAGGCUCAUACAAAUACUACGAAAGGUUCAUCGAAGUCGCCCACUGCGAAACUAGCUCGACGUCAAUCAGACGCAGUCAAAGACGACCCUGUGAACAUUUUAAGGCAUGUCAUCAAAGGCUUCGACAUAGCCAGCCCCAGAGACGUAUACACCGGGAAGGACGAUACUUCACACUUACGAGGGGCACAGCCAACGCCUGCUGAAAUAGAAGCCUGGAAACGACCUCGUCAUCCCACGAACCCUGAGCUCAAGCUUUUAGACUCGUAUGCAAUUAAGCCUGAUGCCGAUGCCACGACCGAUCAAGGUGCCUACAUUGUGACUAAGUUUGUAGGAAACCCAACAAACUCAAGCAGCGCGCAUGACAUUCGAAUGGACGUUGGCUUGCUCAACCCUGUUGAGCGAAAUGGCGAUGCCUAUGACUACGAGUUCUAUCUUCCUCAAGAAGCCGAGACUGCACGGCGGGUAAAAAGAAAGUUUGAAGAAGGUAGCACCGACGAUGAUGACAAGGAAGAAGAGCAGAGGGACAAGGACGGCAACCCCCUGUACAAAUUUCACCACCAUCGCACAUAUGAUGUUGGGAGACAAACCAAUUCAUUGGAUCAGCCAUACAAAGAGGUCGUAAUCGCCCUCCACGAUGCCAAUCAAGACGCACGUCUAGAUACAGGGGCCUUUUAUUACCCCGUCGGUAUCAAGAUGCAACUCAAACCGCGGCGCAACAAAAAUUUGGCAAAUCUUGGGCUAACGAAAGAAGCAGCAGAUGAUGAGACGGAACGGCCUGACGAAAUUAAUCUUAUCUUACGAGAUCCUGACGACGAGGAAGUAGAAAAACGCUGGGGUCACAGGCAAGAACUAUUCUCGCAGGCCCCUGCUGUAAACGGAUCAUGA